AUGAAGUUAUAUGUAUUUCUGGUUAACACUGGGACUACCCUAACAUUUGACACUGAACUUACAGUGCAAACUGUUACAGAUCUUAAGCAUGCUAUUCAUAGCAAAUACAAGAUCGCUAUUCAGCACCAGGUGCUGGUGGUCAACGGAGGAGAGUGCAUGGCUGCCGACAGAAGAGUGUGCACCUACAGUGCUGGGACGGACACAAAUCCAAUUUUUCUUUUUAACAAAGAAAUGAUCUUAUGUGAACUCCCACCUGCUAUUCCUAAAACUACCUUUUCAACAGAAAAUGACAUGGAAAUAAAAGUUGAAGAGUCACUAAUGAUGCCUGCAGUUUUUCACACUGUUGCUUCAAGAACACAGCUUGCAGUGGAAAUGUAUGAAGUUGCCAAGAAACUUAGCUCCUUCUGUGAAAGUCUGGUCCAUGAUGAACACCUUCAACACCAGGGCUGGGCUGCAAUAAUGGCCAAUCUGGAGGACUGUUCAAAUUCAUACCAAAAGCUACUUUUCAAGUUUGAAAAUAUUUAUUCAAAUUAUCUGCAAUCUAUAGAAGACAUCAAGCUAAAACUUACUCAUUUAGGAACUGCGGUUUCAGUAAUGGCCAAGAUUCCCCUGUUGGAGUGCCUAACCAGACAUAGUUACAGGGAAUGUUUGGGAAGAGUGGAUUCUUUACCUGAACAUGAAGACUCAGAAAAGGCUGAGAUGAAAACUUCCACUGAACUGGUGCUUUCUCCUGACACGCCUAGGACAACUAACAAAUCCUUAUUAACCUCAUUUCACAAGUCAGUGGAACAUGUAGCCCCAGAUACCACAGAUGUUGAAAUUGGGGAAACUUGUCAAAGUACUGCUCAGCAGGAUGAAACUUCAGUAGAUGCUAAAGACAGAGAUCUGCCCUUUUUUAAUGUUUCUUUGUUAGACUGGAUAAAUGUUCAAGAUAGACCUAAUGACGUGGAAUCAUUAGUUAGGAAGUGCUUUGAUUCAAUGAGCAGGCUUGAUCCAAGGAUUAUUCGGCCAUUUAUAGUAGAAUGCCGUCAAACUAUUGCCAAACUUGAUAAUCAGAAUAUGAAAGCCAUUAAAGGACUCGAAGAUCGGCUGUAUGCCCUGGAUCAGAUGAUUGCUAGCUGUGGCCGACUGGUGAAUGAGCAGAAAGAACUUGCUCAGGGAUUUUUAGCUAAUCAGAUGAGAGCAGAAAACUUGAAGGAUGCGUCUGUAUUACCCGAUUUAUGCCUGAGUCAUGCAAACCAGUUGAUGAUUAUGUUGCAAAAUCAUAGAAAACUAUUGGAUAUUAAACAGAAGUGUACCACUGCCAAACAAGAGCUAGCAACUAAUCUCCAUGUCAGAUUGAAGUGGUGUUGCUUUGUAAUGCUUCAUGCUGAUCAAGAUGGAGAGAAAUUGCAAGCUUUACUUCGCCUCGUAAUAGAGCUGUUAGAAAGAGUGAAAAUUGUUGAAGCUCUUAGUACAGUUCCUCAGAUGUACUGCUUAGCUGUUGUUGAAGUUGUAAGGAGAAAAAUGUUCAUAAAACACUACAGGGAGUGGGCUGGUGCUUUAAUCAAAGAUGGAAAGCGACUAUAUGAAGCUGAAAAGUCAAAAAGGGAAUCCUUUGGGAAAUUAUUUAGGAAGUCUUUUUUAAGAAAUCGCCUAUUUAGAGGAUUGGAUUCCUGGCCACCGUCCUUUUGUACACAGAAACCUCGAAAGUUUGACUGUGAGCUUCCAGAUAUUUCAUUAAAAGAUUUACAGUUUCUGCAGUCAUUUUGUCCUUCAGAAGUUCAGCCAUUCCUCAGGGUCCCCUUACUUUGUGACUUUGAACCUCUACACCAGCAUGUACUUUCUCUACAUAAUUUGGUAAAAGCAGCACAAAGUUUGGAUGAAAUGUCACAGACCAUUACAGAUCUACUGAGUGAACAAAAGGCCUCCACGAGUCAGACAUCCCCACAGUCGACUUCCUCACCAAGAGUAGAAAGUGCAACAGGAAUUACAACAACUACCUCACCAAGAACUCCUCCUCCACUCACUGUUCAGGAUCCCUUAUGUCCUGCAGUAUGUCCCUUAGAAGAAUUGUCUCCAGAUAGCAUUGAUGCACAUACAUUUGAUUUUGAAACUAUCCCCCAUCCAAACAGAGAACAGACUGUUCACCAAGUUUCUUUAGAUUUGGAUUCAUUAGCAGAAAGUCCUGAAUCAGAUUUUAUGUCUGCUGUGAAUGAGUUUGUAAUAGAAGAAAAUUUAUCAUCUCCUAAUCCUAUAAGUGAUCCACAAAGUCCAGAAAUGAUGGUGGAAUCACUUUACUCAUCAGUUAUCAAUGCAAUAGACAGUAGACGUAUGCAGGAUACCAAUAUAUGUGGUAAAGAGGAUUCAGGGGAUCAUGUGUCUCUAAAUGUCCAGUUGGAAAAAUGUAGGGUUGUUGCACAAGACUCACAAUUAACUAUACAGACCAUCAAGGAAGACCUUUGCCACUUCAGAACAUUUGUACAAAGAGAACAGUGUGAUUUCUCAAAUUCUUUAAAGUGUAUAGCAAUAGAAAUAAGGAACAUUAUUGAAAAGGUAAAAUACUCUGUGGAAAUAACACUAAAUGAAAAACAUCAAAAAGAAUUGCAGUCUCUAAAAAGUGAUUAUGAAGACAAACUUGAUGCACUAAUCAAAGACAGUGAAGAAAAUGAAAGUAAAAUUAAAAAGCUAAAAGGAGACUUAGUAUGCCUUGAGGAGGUGUUACAAAAUAAAGAUAAUGAAUUUGCUUUGGUUAAGCAUGAAAAAGAAGCUAUCAUCUGCCUGCAGAAUGAAAAGGACCAGAAGCUGCUAGAAAUGGAAAACGUAAUGCACACUCAGAAUUGUGAAAUUAAAGAACUGAAGGAGUCACGAGAGAAAGCAUUAAAAGACUUUAAAAAGCUCCAUGUUGAAAAUGAUGAGAAGAUGCAACUGUUGAGGACAGAACUUCAGAGCUUAGAGCAAAGUCAUUUAAGGGAAUUGGAGGACACCCUGCAUGUCAGGCACACACAGGAAUUCGAGAAAGCUAUGACAGACCACAAAGAUUCUUUGGAGAAAUUAAAAAAUGAAAAUCAACAAAGAAUUGAUCAGAUAAAAGAGUCCCAUGCCACAAUUAUCCAGGAAAAAGAGCGACAGCUACAGGAGUUGAAACUCAAGGUUUCUGAUUUGUCAGAUACGAGAUGUAAGUUAGAGGUUGAACUUGCAUUGAAGGAAGCAGAAACAGAUGAAAUAAAAAUUUUGUUGGAAGAAAGCAAAGCCCAGCAGAAUGAGACCUUAAAAUCGCUCCUUGAACAAGAGACGGAAAAUUUGAGAACAGAGAUAAGUAAACUAAACCAAAAGAUUCAGGAAAAUAAUGAAAAUUACCAGGUGGGCUUGGCAGAGCUAAGAACUUUAAUGACAAUUGAAAAAGAUCAAUGUAUUUCAGAGCUGAUUAGUAGACAUGAAGAAGAAUCUAACAUGCUUAAAGCUGAAUUAAACCAAGUAACAGCAUUGCAUCAUCAAGCAUUUGAAAUAGAAAAAAACCUGAAAGAAGAAAUAGUUGAACUGCAGGGUAAAUUGGACGCUGCAUUGAGUGCACUUGAAAAACAAAAAGCUGAAAAACUCACCCAACAAGAGGAGAAGUAUGAAGCUGUUAUCCAGAAACUUGAGAAAGACAAAGAGAAAUUCAUAAUGAGCCAGGAACAAGACCGAGAAGAGUUAAUUCAGAAGCUUAAUAGUGAAAAAGAAGAAGCCAUUCAGACGGCCCUAAAUGAAUUUAAAUUGGAGAGAGAAGCUGUUGAGAAAGAGUUAUUAGAAAAAGUUAAACAUCUUGAGAAUCAAAUAGGAGAAAGUUCUGCCAUUGAAUCUACCAGAGAAGAGUCUUCAAGCCUGGUUGCUGAACUUCAGGAAAAGCUUCAGGAAGAGAAAGCUAAGUUUUUAGAACAACUUGAAGAACAAGAGAAAAGAAAGAAUGAAGAAAUGCAAAAUGUUCGAACAUCUUUGAUUGCUGAACAGCAGACCAACUUUAACACUGUUUUAACAAGAGAGAAAAUGAGGAAAGAAAACAUAAUUAAUGAUCUCAGUGACAAGUUGAAAAGUACAAUGCAGCAGCAAGAGCGAGAUAAAGAUUUGAUCGAGUCCCUCUCUGAAGACCGAGCGCGCUUGCUGGAAGAAAAGAAGAAACUUGAGGAGGAAGUCAGUAAGCUGCGGGGCAGCGGUUUUGUACCUUCACCGUUCGUAGCGACAGCCCCAGAACUCUAUGGAGCUUGUGCCCCUGAACUCCCAGGUGAGACGGAGAAGUCAGCCAUCGAGACACAAGAUGAAGGGAGAGUGGACUCGGCGAUGGAGACAAGCAUGAUGUCCGUACAAGAAAACAUCCAUAUGCUAUCUGAAGAAAAACAGAGGAUAAUGCUGUUAGAACGAACAUUACAAUUAAAAGAAGAAGAAAACAAGCGGUUAAAUCAAAGACUGAUGUCUCAGAGUAUGUCUUCAGUAUCCUCAAGGCAUUCUGAAAAGAUAGCUAUUAGAGAUUUCCAGGUGGGAGAUUUGGUACUCAUUAUCCUAGACGAGCGCCACGACAAUUAUGUAUUAUUUACCGUUAGUCCAACCUUGUAUUUUCUGCAUUCAGAGUCUUUGCCUGCCCUGGAUCUCAAACCAGCUUCAGGUGUAUCUAGAAGACCCUGGGUUCUUGGAAAAGUAAUGGAAAAGGAAUACUGUCAAGCCAAAAAGGCACAAAACAGAUUUAAAGUUCCUUUGGGAACAAAGUUUUACAGAGUGAAAGCUGUGUCGUGGAAUAAGAAAGUGUAG